AUGGCAGAGGUGGUGGAGAAUCAGCGCUGGUACCCGUUUGUGGGCUGGACAGCGCGACUGCAUACAGAAGAUCCUCCUGCCUGGUGCAAUGCGCAGAAGGAUGCGUGUCCCAGUAAAGACGAGCAGAAGGAGUUCGUGUGGCAGGUCUACAAGGGCCAAGACUAUGACGAAGAAGGUUGGCUGUAUGGAGAAAACUUCCAGGGCACACUUGGCCCUAUGACGCGCUCUAGCGUUGUCCGUACUCGCGUUUGGAUGGGAAAUAAGCUCGAGGUGCAGGAGGAAACUGCAGAUGCAGCGGAGAUACCGGUGUCUGAAGAAGAUGAAGAACCUCUACGAAAAAGCGCGAGCAAAUCAAAGUGCCAUACGCUUGUUUCGUCCAACGAUGAACUACAUGAAAAGGAUAAGAACGAAGGUGCUACGAAGACAGAAGAAGCGUCGGUAAUCGAGCAACGUGAAGAUGACAAGACCGGGGAAGAUAUCGUAUUAGACGCAUCGAUGGAAGAGAACAAGACGAACGAGUCCAGUGAAAUAUCCAGCUCAUGGAACUUUUUCGGCAGGAUUUCGUCUGCUGCUUUAUCGUUGCCGUCGUCAGCGAUAAACUUGGCGGGUUCAUCGUCGAAGCAAGCAGUCUAUGGAACAGUGCAGUCGAUAAAGGAGGCGUCACUGUGCGGGUUAGAGAUGGCGCAGGCAGCUACUGCAGCUGCGAUUUCGUCAGAGCCUGUAAUCCUUCCACAGGCGAAACAAAAGCGAAGCGACGACACCGAUGUGCUGAACGAAGAAAGCAAUGUGGAGGUCUUGUCCAUGUUGUCGAAGCGUUUUCCAGAUCUGUCACCUUUUCACCGCUCGCUUGUAACAUGCUGCAAGGAUGGCAUCGUAAACUUUGUCUCACCUCCAGAACUUACCGAGUCAAAGGUCUUGCAAGGAAUGCAAUAUCGAGUUCGGUAUGACCAAGUUCCGUUACCAAUGUGGAUACUGCUCUGA